AUGGAUCUCACAGUCCUGUCGAUUUGUCUUUGUUGUUUUCUUUUUCUUUUUCUAUGGAACCGAAGAUCUGCCCAUGGCAAGCUGCCACCUGGCCCCACUCCUCUGCCAAUCAUUGGAAACAUUCUACAGAUAAAUACCAAGAACAUCGGAGAAUCCCUAAGAAAGCUGGCACAAGUCUACGGCCCGGUGUUCACGGUGUACUUGGGCAUGCAGCCCACGGUGGUGCUGCACGGAUACGAAGCAGUGAAAGAGGCCCUGAUUGACCAGGGUGAGGAGUUUUCUGGAAGAGGGCAUCUCCCAGUGUUGGACGUAUUUGCCCAGGGGCGAGGAGUUGUUUUCAGCAAUGGAGAAAUCUGGAAGCAAACCCGGAGUUUCUCCCUCAUGGUUUUGCGGAAUAUGGGAAUGGGAAAGAAGACUAUUGAAGACAGAAUCAAAGAGGAAGCCUUGUGUCUUGUGGAAGCAUUAAGAAAAACCAACGCAUCUCCCUGCGAUCCUUCUUUCCUCCUGGGCAGUGCUCCCUGCAAUGUGAUCUGCUCCGUUAUUUUCCAGAGCCGUUUUGAGUACAAUGAUGAGAAAUUGCUGACCUUGUUAAAGUAUUUUCAAGAAAACUUCAAAAUUUUAUGCACCUCCUGGAUACAGCUCUACAAUACUUUCCCUUCUUUAAUACAUUAUCUCCCAGGAAGUCAUAAUGAAUUAUUUAAAAAUGUUGCUGAACAGAAUAAAUUUAUUUUGGAGCAAAUAAAAGAACACCAGGCAUCUCUGGAUCUCAGUAACCCUCGAGACUUUACCGACUACUUCCUGAUUAAAAUGGAAAAGGAAAAGCACAACAAACAGACUGCAUUUACCAUGGACAACUUGAUCACUACCCUAUGGGAUAUAUUUAAUGCGGGAACUGAGACAACAAGUACCACCCUGAAAUAUGGACUCCUGCUCCUGCUGAAGCACCCAGAGGUCACAGCUAAAGUCCAGGAAGAGAUUAAGCGUGUGGUUGGCAGAGAGCGGAGCCCCUGCAUGCAGGACAGGAGCCACAUGCCCUACACAGAUGCCAUGGUGCACGAAGUCCAGAGAUACGCUAACCUCAUCCCCACCAACUUGCCCCAUGUGGUGAACCAGGAUGUUAAGUUCAGAGAAUACUUUAUUCCAAAGGGCACAUCUGUAGUCACAUGUCUGACUUCCGUCCUGCACAGCGACAAGGAGUUUCCCAACCCAAAGAAGUUCGAUCCCGGCCACUUCCUAGAUGAAAGCGGCAACUUUAAGAAGAGUAAAUACUUCAUGCCUUUUUCAGCAGGAAAACGAGCUUGUGUUGGAGAAAGCCUGGCCCGCAUGGAGCUGUUUUUACUAUUGACUCACAUUUUACAGCAUUUCACCUUGAAGCCUCUGGUUGAUCCGAAGGACAUCGACACCACCCCCUCUUGCAUCGGGUUAUGCUCUCUACCGCCCUCCUAUGAGCUCUGCUUCAUUCCAAUCUGA